AUGAUCACUCCUUUUUUGGUGCUUGGUAUUGGAGUUGAUGACGCUUUUCUUUUGAUGCACAGUUGGUUCUAUUCACAAGCAGUUGCUUCUUCUCGAUUCUGUAAUAUAUACCUGGAAGUCGGUCCUUCCAUUACGCUUUCGUCCGUCACAAACGUAGCUGCUUUUCUGGUAUGCUUAUUUUGCUUUUUGCAUAAGAUGAUCACUCCUUUUUUGGUGCUUGGUAUUGGAGUUGAUGACGCUUUUCUUUUGAUGCACAGUUGGUUCUAUUCACAAGCAGUUGCUUCUUCUCGAUUCUGUAAUAUAUACCUGGAAGUCGGUCCUUCCAUUACGCUUUCGUCCAUCACAAACGUAGCUGCUUUUCUGGUAUGCUUAUUUUGCUUUUUGCAUAAGUACUGA